UGUUACUAGCAGAAUGACCUCGGACCCCACGCCAUCGACCGACGCCGUCGCCGCCCUCGAAGCCGAGCUCGCGGCCCUCAAGCUCGCGUACGAGCAGCUCGAGGCCGAGAACGCGCGGCUCAAGGCCAUCAUUGCGCAGAGCGAGAAGGACAAGACACUGCAGCCCGACGUGGCGACGGACGAGCCCGAGUCCGCAGCGUCGCAACUAAGCAACGCGCUCGGCCGCAUCAAGAGCGCCGUGGUGUCCAAGACGCCGGCGGCGUUCCGGCGCAACGAAUCUUCGUCGCCGCCUGUCGAGACCGCGGCCGUUGAGCCUGCAGCGCCAGCGCCGACCGCUGAGCCUGUCCGCCGCUCGUCGUUCCUUGGCUACGCUGUCGCGUCCAUCAAAGGACGCUUGGGUCUUCCAGGCGCGGCCGCGGCCAACAAGAACGAUACGAACGAUAGCGCAACCGACGCUGCGGACAGCACGACGGCCGGUGCAAGCGACGUGGCUCGCAGUACGAGUGACGCUGCCGACAAGACGAUGGUCGCCGCCGACACCGCAACUAUCUCAGCUCACACGGCGACCGACGCUGCCGAAGACGCGACCGAAUCGACAAAGAAGAGCACAGAGGACACUGUCGCUAGCUCAGUGGAUAUCGCCGAACCAACGCUCGACGCUGACAAGAGCGCCGACAAUGACCAACCUGCGACCACGUCGGGUGCAUCGAGCCAGCUGUAAGUCAGCCGCAGUCGUACGAGCUCGACUGGUUAACCAGCGGUAGACACCGUGCCAACUCACUCGAGCAACUAACAACGACUAAUCGAAAAAAAUGUGUGUACUUUAUUA